AUGCCCAUCUUGUCCGAGAAGGGGUACCAGUGGAUCCAGUCUCGGACGGGCAAGGCCGUCGACCUCGGAAAAUUUGAGCUCUUUGGCUCGAAGCAGACGGUGCUGCCCACCUGCUACUCCUUCGAGGAGCUGUGCCACUUACCCGAUCGGGCGGCGGUCGCCGGGGCUGUGGAUGCGCUCUUCAACCUGCCCGCGGGGCUGUUUUACCCCAUCAUCGACCCUGUGCUGUUCGCGGAGACGAUGGACCUAGCCUAUCGCGGCGCUGACGAGCAAUCGUCCUCCUCCGGCAUCCGGGUGUCGGCUAGGGCAUGCGUGCUCGUACUCUAUGGCCUUUGUUCCCGGUUAUCGCUGCAAGGCAGCCGCGCGCAAUCAAGCAGCUACGCCGACAGGGCACAGCUUCUUCUGGGGUAUUGUCCCGGGAAACAAUGCGAUUACAAUGCUCGCAGCGGCGUGUCGCCUGGGGUCUGCAUCCGCCGGGGUACCCCCGACCCUCAGGGCGGACUCGUGCGACCUGUCGGUGCCCGACAUGGUCGCCGACGCGUUCACAUUUCACCCCAAUUCGGCGCGGGGCGACAAGGCCGCGGGGACCGCAAGUACCGCAGCCACUUUUCGGCGCACAUCGUCCUGGCCUUCAUCAAGGAGAAGGCCAACAUGCUCCUCUUCUCGCCCAACGCGAUCCAGGUACCCGACAAGCAGAUUCUCAUGUACAUCCGCGAGCUCGACGACGAAGUGGAGGAGUGGCGGCAGUCCAUCCCCGUGGACCUGCGGCCCAAGCUGUCCAUCACCGCGGGGUCCACCAUCAUCUCGCCUCACAUGGAUAUUGGUCAGCGCAUCCGGUGCCGGAACCUGCAGCUCGAGUAUCUGCACUUCAUCACCACCAUUCACACCGCCGUGCGGCGAUGUGGGUCGGAGUACGCCGAGGGCAUGGAGCUGCCCGAGGACCUGCACGCGGUGUUCCAUUCGAGCUUGGAUAUCGCGCUGGAGGCGAGCCGAUCUACCCUGUCUCUUCUCAAAAGCAAUGAUCAGGGGCUGGCGGAAGAGCCGUUUUGGCGGAUCGCCUUUUACCCUCCCGUAGCAGCCAUGUCCUUGUUCGUCAACAUCAUAAUCCACCCGCUAGCCCCGCUGGCGCAAAAGGACCUCGAGCUCCUCGCAUCGUCGGUAGGCAUCUCGCAAACGGUCUCAUCGGGAGUCGGCAAGGGCACGGAGGAGGAGAUGGGAUACCUGCAAGCCAUGAACGAAUUCAUCAUGGAGUUAGUUAGACUGGCGAACUGCGCCAUGUGGAAGGCGAGAAACGAAGCAGGGGCGAGUGGGUGA